AUGUCCCGGCGCAUCAAGAAGUAUACCGCCUCUUGCCUUGGACACUCCUCCAUCCAUGAUCCCCAAAUCUCCCGGAAGUCACAACCGUAUACGAUCCAGCUAAUAAGCUUCGUACGCAUGUCAUCCAUGUCCCCCAUUUUGGCUCUCCCCCUGCCUCUGCCUGCCCCGUGGCCUGCGCCUAUCAAACCAACCCCCUUCCUCCUGUCAGACGCAAACCAGCCUGUCCCUCCCCCCUCCCUCGUUCCCUCUCCAUCGGAGAUCCACGAGCUCGCCACCUCCCCCCUCCUUGCUUCCGGUCUCUGCAGGGUGGCAUCAGCUCCUCCAAGACAAGACCCUCACCGCUCUUUUCGCCCUGUCGCAAGUUCGCCAGCAUCACGUCUUUCCAGGACCAGGACUCAUGGACAACGAACUCUCGACCCUGGAAACACUGACCAUCCAUCUUCUUCCUACCCCUCCAUCCCCCUCCAUCAAUUCUCGGCCACACCAGACGUCCGGAUCCGCGGCACCAAUCCCCCCUCCUCUCCUCCUCUCCCUUCGAAUUGA